UUUAGUGCAUAGUGUAAGUAGACGGAUUGAGACGCAGGACAAUCCGGGAACUCUUCCCCUGCUUCCGCAUUCUUCCUCAUUCAGUGGUUAGCUCCAGCAGUGUGUGUUGGCAGAUGUUGACCACUCUGUACAGUAGUAUGAGCUUCUGCAGGUAGUGGAGUGUGAUGUUCAGGUGUAGUGAUGCUGGCUGGCUUGAUGUACGCCUUGUUAGCCGGAUUGUUUGGUGCUCUCGCGUCCUCAUCUGCAAAGUUAUCUCUGGGUGCUAGUUAUCUUAAAGAGCUGUGCGACACUGCUGUCAGAACAUGGGCUGAGGAGGAGGAGGACAGUUUAACCCCUGGUGUCCACACUACAGCUUGUGACUGGGUCCACAUUCCUCUGAGACUGGUGUGUGGCCUCCUGCUGUUCAGCUCCAAUGCUGUGAUGUGGACCUUCUUCUCCAAAGCUCUGCGACAUUCCUCGUCUUCGGCUCGGGCUACUGUAACCACUACUGCGUCUAAUUUCAUCUCCUCUGCAUUCCUUGGACAUGUGAUCUUUGGAGAAAGCCAUGCCCUGUUGUGGUGGGUUGGCAUCUCACUCACCUUGUUGGGGCUCUUCAUCUUGCAUGGAUCAUCUCUCAAGAAGCAACAGUUAGAUGUGAAAAAGGAUGACUGAGCUCUCAGGGAUCUCCUACCUCUUGACUAUUUUGUUUCAUUAAAAUUCUUCAGGAAGCAUUCCAUCACCACGAUGUAAUGAUUUUUCACUACUGUGAGGAUGCGCUAUAGUGACUUGGACCUCACCUGUUUUGCGAGGUCGUACAGGACUGGAUGUGACUGUACAGACUUUGAGCUGCUUACAGCCCAGGUCGGGGAAUGUCCAGCUGCUUGUCUAGACUGUUGUGGUCAGUCUUCAGGAAGUGCUCGUCUGGCAACACAGGGCUCAGUAUAUCAUGUAGUGAGAUACUGAAACAAAUACUUGAAAGGGAGCUUCAGGUUAUGACCAUAAUCCCGGUUCUUUGAUAGCAUGAGGAAGGUAUCUCACCAGACCACCUUUAUUGCGUAAAGCGAGUCAGAAGUAUGCUCAUUUUAAAUGAUGUAAUGACAAUACAUUGUCUGUUAAACACAGAGAAGGAGCGGCUCUCCAUGACAUGUCGUUCAAGCACUGCAAAACUGUUUGAAUAACUGUGUAUAUGUGAUGUAAAAACACAAUGAGCACACUCAUUUGAAGUAAACUCAUCCCUUUUUAUUAAA